AUGUAUCCUAAUGCUACUGCUAUUCAUGUUUGUAAUGGUGGAUAUGGUUUUUAUCCCGGUAAGUAAAAUAUUCAUACAUUUAAGCAGGAGCAUAUCAAAGUUGUUGAAUCGACGAUUACAAGAAACAUGUUUAGAUACUGGGCAUUUACUGAUCAUCUUUCGAAAUUGUUUAAAGAUUUGACAAAUCUAAACAAAGCCAUAACUAGAAUUUUGCUUAUGAACAGCAUCAACAUUAGGAUACAUUUUCGUGUAUUUACAAUAAUAUCUAUUCUGAGAUGAAUAAAUCGACUUUGAAAAUUUUAAAAUAUUUCAUUAGUGAUAUGUU